GACGGUUAGCAAUUUCUGUUGGAUUCCAAGUCUUUGCAAUGAAGCAGUAGCCGAUGCAGUAUUUAUGUUUGAAUACUUCAUGUGCCUUCAUAUGAAUGAAAAUAUUAAUUUAAGUAUGAGACCUUCCUAAGAAUAAAAAAAAAUGUCAAGUAGGGAAUUCAUUGCGGAAAGCGGUGAAUCAGAGCCAACUGGGACUCUACCAACACCAGCUACAGCUACAAAUGCGGCAAUCAGUAGGGCAUCACAAACACAGAUGAAAAGCGUAGAAACAGGAUCAAUAUCCCAACUUGCUUCUAGAAGAAAUAAACAAGGAUCGUUUUUGGCACCUGAUGCAGAAGGAAAAAAGAAGGGAAUUGAUAUGAUGUCUCGCCUUUAUGAUAGAGCAGAAGAUUCACUGGUGAUUAAAUCUGUCAGCAAAAGCAAAAUUACAAUGGAUGACGCAUCAAAUGAACUUACUGUUAAACCGAAGCCUCCUGAAAAGGGUGUUCCCAGACAUCGAACAACGUUUAGAACCACAUUCUUCAAAAAAGACCAUGAAAGAAAAAUUCUGAGAAAUAAAAAUAAGACGAUACAUAAGUAUUUUGAGAAGCAGAAUGUUGUAGACAUCGGUGCUGGAGAUCAUCAUGGAAAACACAGCCUUUCUGAAUCAGGAAAAGCUGAAAGUGAUGUGAUAUCCUUACCGAUUGAUAAUGAUGGUGAUACCAAGUCACAAUCUGAAGGAUCGGAAAUUGAAGUUGUCUGGGAACCAGUUACCACAGCAUCACAAAUGGGUCGCAAAUCUGGUACAUUGGAUGGACAAAACACUCAUAAAGGACCUCAUGAUCUUAGUCAUAUUUUAUCAAAAUUACGAGACAACAUGUAUGAUAAUAUCGAACCAGCAGACGAUGAUGUCAUAAAUCAUAUAAUCCGACUACGAUUAGCACUUAAUUGGAAGACAAUGCUUCCUAGACAUGGACCAGGUGUUAGGAGAGCAAUGAAGUUGACAAAUCACAAAAAUCCAUUGAAGGAACCAGUAUUUCUUCUACAAGAUGCCGGUGAAUAUGUUUAUGCAAUAGAAAGAUCAAAAUUUCUUGCUGGUGCAGGAAGAAGAACCAAUCCAUUCGAUUUACAAGUUGUUUCUGCAGAAACUGCACGGAAACGAGAUUGCUAUUAUUUGAUAACGGCUACUUCUGUUACGAAGAACAAAAAGAGUUCAGUUGAAGGUGUUUUGGAAACAGAGAUUACUCCUGUAAUCUGGUGGAUUUAUGAGCAACGUCUAUUUAACAUGAUUUGUGAUCUGCCCGUUUUUGUGAAGUUUCGUUUGUGGAAACAAUUUGUUUUAUGGAGAAAUAUCAUCAGAAAUCAGAAAACAUCUGGUUCAGGAUCUAUGCUACAGUGUCAACUAUUUCUUGCUGAAGAAACAUUACAAAAAUGUUUGGUCUCUGUUAGAAGUAUAUGUGAAGAUGCUUGUGGUAGCAGAGAUGGUUUUGGUAUUGGAGAGAAUGCGAUUCUCCUUAUUCAAUAUAAUAACAGACACACAUAUUCACUGGAUGAGUUUUGCGAUUUACAAAAUGAAAAAUGUUCAGAAGCAUCAACUCAAUUGGAAGAAUUGAGAAAAUCGAUUGCCGACAUGUGUUACCGUGCUUGUUCUAUUGUUGCUGAAAGAGACGGCAUUACAAAGGAUGUAAGACUAGGAAAAGUUGAAAGAAGAAAAUACACAACUAGACUUACAGUGGAAGAAGAUACUGGACCAACAUUCGCACAACUUGCAUCUUGGAGGCAAAUUCUAUCUCGUUUAAAGCAAUUUAUUCGUCAUGUUGAUAAUAUUUUGUUGGAAACAUUACAUCGACUUAUACAAACAGCUGUGAGGAGUUUUCUUGCUUUCGUUUCUUCAUCAGUCAACUACAAACAAGACGAUGGGAAAGAAAAUAUUUCUUCUGAUAUAAAUAUGCUGCAAGAAGUCGCAGCACUAUAUAGUAAAGUAACAAACUAUGGUCAAAUAAAAGGUCACCAAUCAAUGCUUCACUUGCGUCGGAUUGUCACUGGAGUUGAAGCUCGUAAAGUUGAGGAACCGACAGCUAAAAUAGUUCAUGAAACACAUGAUGAAGAGCAGAGUGAAGAUUCAUCAAUGAAUAAAUAUAGUCCUCGACAAACUGAAAGUAUCGUGACAUCGGAAUCUGAGGAAACAGAUACAAAAACAAUAGAGCAGAUAGAAAGAGAAAAAGAACUUGAUACUUUACCGCAUUCAGUGUUUUUGAUUAAACUGGAAUUAAGUAUUGGCGGUUCAACAUCAUUUAGCCGACCUAGUAGUGCAAGUUCAAGAUCUAGCAAAAGAAGGGCCAUUACGAGACGAGCAUCAUUUAUUGCCAAUCAGGAGUUGGCUAAGAAAGAUGAAGCUGAAGCAAUCCGUGAUCGACGUGGUAAAAGAGUUUCUUUUCCAAACCUUGAAGCUUACUCAGAUGAUGAUUUUGAUGAUGCUGAUGUAAGAUCUGGUACAAGAGAUGAUGUUUCUGAAUAUGACUCACAGAGUCAAGCAAGCAGUUCAUCUCGUAGAAUGUCGAAACAACUUGAUGGGAAACCUCGUGUUGUUUUGUCUCCGACAAAAGAUGAAUUCGAAAGAUCAAUUCAAGAUUUACUCGAUACUUUUGAAAGCGUAGUAGCUGGGUUUCAAGCAAUGUCUCGUGAACCAUCGUUAUAUGAAUUCACAAGAGCACCUGCUUUCGAUCUUCGACUUAAUAUUGACGAUGAAGAGGAUGCAAUGGAAGAAGAAACUAGACGACCAUGGCCUGAUCUUGAUUUAUUACUUGGUGGAGAUGAAGAAUAUGUCAACAAUGUUGAAAUUAUGAUGAACCAUCUUGACAACACUGUGGAUUUAGUUGAUGAAUAUUCAAAAAAAUAUGGAAAGUAUUGUGAAAUGGUUGAACAUUCUCGUGCUGUAGAUGUUAAUGCAUCAUUGGAAGAAUAUGAAUGGGGUCCAGAUGAAUUCUCUGCGAUUCUAUCUCGUCAUACUGAUAUGCUUUAUGAUAUGAAAUUAAUGGAACCACGAAGACGUAUUGGAAUGUUGCAUGUUGAUAUUAAACCAUUUUUUCAUGCAUGUUUGCCAUUUCCACAGGGUGUUGUUGACACCGUACAUGAACGCCUUCCUGGUAUUGCGGUUCAUAGAAAUGAAGAAUUACUUCGAGUCAUCAGAGCUGCAUGUCGGAAGUUAGAUUCUGAACCUGCAUCUGUUGAACAAUUUGUUGAACACCUGACGUUUCUCGCUCGUCUUGAAACUGAAAUGACUACACUGGAAAAAGAGUUUGCUGUUGUUAAUCGAUUGUUUGCUAUAAUGCGACAAUAUUCUGUAGAACUUGAUCCUGAAGACACAGCACUUUAUCAAACAUUGGUACCAACUUUUCAACAUCUUAAGUCUACUGUUUUGUUCUGUCAAGCAAGAAAAGAUGAAAAUAUUCUGAGAUUCAGUACUGAUCUUGAUCAGCACAUACAUGAUCUCAGAUAUCAGUUGUUUGAAAUUAAGAAUAAAGUUGCUUCACCACAGCUUCUGAAUGCUGACCUUCUGUCUGUUGUUGCCUUGGAAACUUUGAAAUUAUUGAUGGAAGAAGUUGCAAAUUUGACCUUGAAAGCAAAGAGUUAUGCAAAUUAUCAGGAUAGAUUUGGUUCAUCAUAUUCGCAUAAAGGAAAAAAUAUGUACUCUGUCGAAGCAUUAUUGGCUGAUACAUCAAUGAGUAGUGUGAGUGCUCAGCAAGUACAAGCUGAAUUAUCUGAAGUUGAAAGAGAUUUAACUCUGAGAAAAUUACUCUGGGAAUCUCAAGAUGAGUGGGCUAGACUUCUAGAUGAGUGGAAAUCGACACCAUUUCGCAAGUUGAAUGUGGAUUCCUUGCAGAAGAAUGUGAAUCGUUUCACUCAAAGUGUAUUCAUGUUGGAAAAAGGUCUUCCACAUAAUGAGAUACUUCCCAAAGUCAAGCAAUCUGUAUUUGACUUCAAACUUGGUGUUCCUGUGAUUACUGCAUUACAUAAUCCUUGUCUCAAGCAAAGACAUUGGGAUCAGAUUCAAUAUGCAGUUGGAAGAUCCAUUAUCAGAAAUGCAGAUUUUACUCUGGGAAACUUCUUGGAACUCAGAAUUUUCCAACAUCGUGAUUUAAUUUCUGAAAUCUCAACCCAAGCAUCUAAUGAAUCAACAUUAGAAAAUAUGCUUUCAAAAUUGAUUGACUUAUGGCAUCACACUGAUUUCAAGCUUGUCUCACAUCAGUCUGGCGCACACACUGUCAUGAUUAUCACUGCAGCUGAUGAUGUCAUAACAUUACUCGAGGAAAGUCAAGUUACCAUAAGUACAAUUAAAGGUUCAAGAUAUGUCACUCCUAUAAAGACUCAAGUUGAAGAUUGGGACAGGCGUCUUGGAUUGUUUUCCCAUACUCUUGAUGAAUGGAUGCAAUGUCAACGUAAUUGGUUGUAUCUUGAAGCAAUCUUUACAACUGCUGAUAUUCAAAGACAAUUACAAAGUGAAUCUCAACUAUUUAAUCAGGUUGAUCGUUCGUGGAAGGAAUUAAUGCGAAGAGUUGAAGAUCAUCCUAAUGCAUUACGAGCUGCAACUGCUCCCGGUGUUUUCGAAACAUUGCAAUCUAGCAACUCGCAUUUGGAAAAAAUACAUAAAAGCCUUGAGGAUUACUUGGAAAUGAAGCGUCUUUCCUUUCCUCGUUUCUACUUUCUCAGUAACGAUGAACUUCUUGAUGUUCUUGCGCAAGGUCGAACUCCAUCAGCCAUUCAACCUCAUCUUGGCAAAUGUUUUGCCAACAUAAGAAGACUUGAUAUUCGACAAAGUGCAAAAUCUGGUGAAGGUCUGAAUGUACGUGCAAGAGGUCCAGUUGAGCAAUGGCUCCAAAAUGUUGAGACAGCAAUGUAUGAUACUGUGAAAAAACAUUUGAAAAGUGGAUUAUUAACUUGGUCUGCUGAAUUAUCUGCUCUCAAUGAAUGGGUUCUUCAGCAUCCUGGACAAGUUGUAUUGACUGUGGCUCAAAUAAUGUUCAACAAGAGUGUUGUAUCUGCUUUAAACUCAGAUGAUUGUCAGAAGAAUAUGACUGAUAUUUACUAUGGAUUCCUUGAUUCUUUGGAAGUUUUAUCAGGAUUAGUCUCUGAGCAACAGAUUCCUCCACAUCAGUAUCAGAUGAUGGAGGCACUCAUCAUUAUUUAUGUUCAUUCUCGUGAUAUCAUCAAACAAAUGAUUCACGAUGAAGUUUCUAGAGUUGAUGAUUUUGAAUGGAAAAGACAACUUCGUUAUGAAUGGCAAGAAGCUACAAGUUCAUGUCAUUUAUUACAAGCAGAUGCAAAAUUUCAUUAUGGUUAUGAAUAUCUUGGUUGUGCACCAAGACUUGUUAUUACGCCUUUAACUGAUCGAUGUUUUCUAACAUUGACUGGGGCCCUCAGUCUCCAUCUUGGGGGAUCACCCGCUGGCCCAGCAGGAACUGGAAAAUCAGAAUCAGUAAAAGACCUCGCAAAGGUGCUGGGUAAACAAUGUGUUGUCUUCAAUUGUUCAGAAGGAUUGGAUUACAAGAUGAUGGGACAGUUUUUCAGUGGUUUGGCACAAUCUGGUUCAUGGUGUUGCUUUGAUGAAUUCAACAGAAUCGAUGUUGAAGUGUUGAGUGUUAUUGCUUCACAAGUUCACACUAUAAAAUCUGCAAAGGAUGCCGAAGCACUGAGAUUCAUGUUUGAAGGUCGUGAAAUACGACUUAAUCACUCCUGUGGAUUCUUCAUCACUAUGAAUCCUGGUUAUAGAGGAAGAGUUGAAUUACCUGACAACUUGAAAUCACUCUUCAGACCAGUAGCUAUGAUGGUGCCAGAUUAUGCUUUGAUUGCAGAAAUUAUUCUUUAUUCUGAAGGAUUUCAUGAAGCCAAAGUUUUGUCACGUAAAAUUGUUAACCUGUAUCAUCUGGCAAGCAAGCAAUUAUCUCAACAGGAUCAUUAUGACUUUGGUAUGAGAGCAAUAAAAUCAGUGUUGAUCAUGGCUGGACAGAAGAAAAGAAUUGUAGCUUUCAACAGAAAUUUAAGCAGAAUAGAAGAUGAUGAAAGUAUAUCGUCUGAAAUUAGAGCUGAUGAAGAGGAAGCAAGAAAAAAGAAAAUAUCGGAGCAGGAAUCCUAUAUAUUGAUUCAUGCUUUACGUGAUGCAAAUCUACCUAAAUUUUUAGCAGAAGACGUUCCGUUAUUUGAAAGCAUUAUGUUCGAUUUAUUCCCAGGUGUGGAACCUCCGAGCAUGGAUAAUAAACUGCUUGAGCAAGCCAUUGACAAUGUGGUUGGUGAAUUAGGAACCGAGAAAUGGCCAAAUCAAAUCCAGAAAGUUAUACAAUUGCAUAGUCAAUUACUUGUUCGACAUGGUGUGAUGCUUGUUGGACCGUCAGGAGGUGGAAAAACUACAGUUCGAAACAUAUUACAAAAAGCUCUGGGUAUAUUACCGACACUAGCUCCAGGAUACCAUGUCAGUGAUGAGAAAAACACUCGACGAAAACGUAACAUUGAAAGUUAUUGUCUCAAUCCAAAAUGCAUGCAACUAGGAGAAUUAUAUGGACAAACUGAUCCUAAUACAUUGGAAUGGUCAGAUGGACUUCUUGCACAUUUUGUCAGAAAGAUUGCUAAGGAAAUGUCAGGAAAUAAGGAAUCAGAAGAAAGACCUCCAACAUCUGUAUCAUUCCACGAACAUGCAGCAAGUCCAAGUGAUGCAAGUCGUGCAAGUUCUGCUACUCACAGUUCUGUUAUAACUGAACCACCAAAACCACCAAGCCGUUUAGAAGAUCUCAAUGAUCCAACUCAAUAUCCAGAAUGGAGAUGGAUUAUAUUGGAUGGCCCUGUUGAUACAAUGUGGGUAGAAAAUCUCAACACUGUAUUAGAUGACACAAAGACCUUAUGUCUGGCAAAUGGAGAACGAAUUCCUAUGUCUGACGGAAUUCGUCUUUUGUUUGAAGUUGAUGACCUAUCCCAGGCAAGUCCAGCAACCAUUAGCAGAUGUGCCAUGGUUUAUCUUGAUCCAGUUGAUUUGGGAUGGCGUCCAUACGUUACAUCUUGGCUUUCACACUUACCAAAAGGAUUUCCACAGUAUGGCAAAAAGCACUUGUUGUCUAUGUUUGAAUUGAGUGUUGAUGCUGGACUUCAGCUUGUCAAAAGACGACGAAAACUUCAACAUCUACCUGUUCCUAGCACAAGCUUGAUAUCUAGUUUAUGCAAAUUACUUCAGGAUUUUAUUUUUUUCAUGGAAACUAAUGGGGGAUUUGGUGAACCUGAUGAGGAGGAACAGAAAGACGAUGAUUCUGCCAAUGUUUCAAGAUCACGUUCAUCAUCAAAAAAUAUUCAUAAAGUCAAAAUUUCUCAAGACAUUAUUGAAAAGAAGAAGGGUGAUAAAUGGUUUAUGGAAAAACAUCCUGAUAAAUUGAAUGUUCUGAUCGGAAAACUUUAUGUAUUUGCAUUUACAUGGAGUAUUGGGGGAACUCUUAACAGGGAAGAUGAUCAAGAAGAUGACACUUUGAUAAGCAGUACUGUGAUUGGUCGAGAUGAAAUGUUGAUUAAUAUGAGUUAUGAUUUUGAUCAUUUUGUUCAUGAAACUUUCGAAGGGGAACCUCCACUUGGUGUAAACUUUCCAUCUGGAAGUCGUUCCAUUUUCUCAUACUUUGUAGACAUGCAGACUGGACAUUUCACUCCUUGGGAAGAUCUUGUUCCCGAGACUAAAUCCUUGAUUGCAAGAGGAUUGACAUAUUCAAUGGUUAAUGAAACGAUGGGUUUAUAUUCUGAUCAUAAGAAAUCUCCGGCUACUGAUACAUUGUCUACUCUUGUUCCCACUACUGAUACAAUUCGAUAUUCAUUCUUGUCGGCUCUUUUGCUUUUGAACAAACAACCUGUGUUGCUGACUGGUGAUAGUGGAGUUGGGAAAACUGCUCUUCUACAGAAUCUGUUGAAUAGAUUGAACAAACCAAAUGGAAUGGGUACUCAGCCUGGAACUGUUCUUGGUGAAAUAUUCCACAAUGCAGAUAAAGCAUCAACUAUUUUACAAAAUAUUGCAAAUCUUGGAUUAAUAGAAGUGAAACCAUCUGUGUCAUCUGACACUCAACUAGAGAUUCCUGGUCUUACUGGUUCACAGCAAUCUAAAGCAAAAUCUGGCAACUUGGUUGUGAGCACAAUACAAUUCAGUGCUCAGACUGUUCCUUCAAGACCUCAGGCUCAAAUCCUGCACAAACUAGUGAAAAGAGGUCGAGAAACAGUUGGUCCACCUCGAGGAAAGCGAGCGAUUGCAUUUAUCAAUGAUUUGAAUAUGCCGACACCUGAAAAAUAUGGAGCUCAACCUCCUCUCGAAUUACUGAGACAAUUUUUGGAGCUUGGUGGAUUUUAUGAUCUGAAGCGUUUGUCCUGGAAAAAUGUGAUUGAUGUUACAAUUGCUGCAUCUGCAGCACCACCUGGUGGAGGAAGAAAUGUGAUCAGUGCUCGAUUAUUGAAACAUUUCACAGUACUUGCAAUUCCUCAACCUUCUACUAGAUCAAUGCAGCAUAUAUAUCAAGUACAACUAGGACGUUUCAUGGAAAGUCGUGAUUUCAUGCCAGAAGUAAAAGAAUGCAGAUCACAACUAGUCAGUGCUGCAAUUGCUGUUUAUUAUAAAAUGUGUAAUGGAAUGUUGCCGACACCUGAUAAAUCUCAUUAUACAUUUAAUCUGAGAGAUCUUUCAGCAAUUAUAAAAGGAGUUUUGCAGGCUAAUGAAACUGUGGUUGUAUCACGAGAAACAAUUGCUCAUUUAUUUGCUCACGAAGCAACUCGGGUGUUUCAUGAUAGAUUGAUUGAUCAACAGGAUAGAAAAACAUUUUUCAAUUUCCUAUCUGAUGACUUACACAACUAUUUCAAGAUAACAAUAACUGCUGAGAAAUUGGAGUCAGAACCAUUGAUAUUUGGUGAUUUUCUUGAUAUGAAUGUACCUGUUGCAUCUCGUAUAUAUCGACAUCUACCAGAUCGUAGAAUGUUAAAUACAUUACUAAUGGAAUAUUAUAUGAGAAUCAGUGCUGGGAACAUAAAAGCCGCACCAUUAGUAUUUUUCAAUGAAGCAGUUGGUCAUAUCAUCAGAGCUUCUAGAAUUUUCCGACAGCCUGGUGGUCAUGCAUUGUUGGUUGGUAUUGAUGGUACUGGUAAAGUUACAACUUGUAAAUUAUCAAGUCAAAUCGCCGGAUGUGAGCUGUACAGAUUAUCAGUUGUUCGAGGAUAUUCAUAUAAUGACUUCCGUGAAGAAUUAAAGAAAGUUUUCAGAAUGACUGGUGUUCAUAAUAGUCCUACUGUAUUUUUAUUAACUGACUCAGACAUUGUCAACGAAACUAUAUUGGAAGACAUUAAUUGUAUCCUGAAUACAGGAGAAGAUCCAGAUCUUUUUGACGGAGAAGAACUAGAUACAAUAUUAAUGGAUAUAAAACAGGCAGCAGUUGAAGCUGAUAUACCAGAUACACAAACUGCUGUCUAUAGAUUUUUCCUUGAUAGAGUUCGUAACAAUCUACAUGUUGCGUUAACUUUGAGUCCUGUCGGAUCUUCUUUCAGACAAAGAUGUCGUACUCAUCCUGCUCUCGUAAAUUGUUGUACUAUCGACUGGUUUGAUAGAUGGCCAAGUGAAGCAUUGAUAAGUGUUGCUCAAGCUUAUUUUACUCGCGAAAGUAUGGAAUUGGAAAGAUGGGAAUCUGAAACACCUGAUCAUGAUUCUCCAAUUGAACAGAAAAUAUCAAAAUCAUCAUCGAGAGUGUCAUCCGCAGCAGUUUUGACUCCAACAUUACUAGAUAGAAUUGCAUCAGUAUGUGUGAAAGUUCAUGCAAGUGCUACAAAAGCUGGCAAAAGAUUUUGGGAUGAAAUGAGAAGAUAUUAUUACACUACUCCUAGCAGCUACCUGGAGUUCAUACAGGUUUUCACCAAAAUGCUUUCGGAAAACAGAAAGGAAUUUGACAACAGUUUACAUCGACUCAAUGUCGGUUUAACAAGAUUAUCGGAAGCAAAAUCAAUGGUUGGAAGUAUGCAACAAGAACUUGUGGAACUUGGUCCAAAAAUUGAACAAAAAGCAAUGGAUACUGAAAAACUAAUGGCCCAACUCAAAAAGGAUACAGAAGCUGUAAAUCAGGUUCGAGAAAUUGUCAAAAAUGAAGAACAAAUUAUGGCUCGAGAAACUCAAAUUGUUCAAGAGUAUGCAGAACAAGCAACUAGAGAUCUUCAGUCUGUUUUGCCUGCUCUUCAGGAAGCAGUUACUGCUCUGGAUGCACUUGAUAAAUCAGACAUUGCUGAAAUUCGAGUUUAUCAGAAACCACCAGAACUUGUUGCCACUGUAAUGAAUGCUGUCUGCAUACUAUUGCAAGAAAAACCAGAUUGGCAAACAGCAAAAAAACUACUGGCUGACCAAGGAUUUUUACGGCGAUUAAUUAUGCUGGACAGAGAUGGUUUGCCUGAUCGUACAUUUGCAAGGCUUAGAAAAGUGACAAAGAAUCCGGAUUUUACUCCUGAAAAAGUUGGAAUGGUUUCAUCAGCCUGCAUGUCAAUAUGUACUUGGGUUAUGGCAUUACAACAUUAUAACGAUGUACAAAGAAUGGUCGAACCCAAACAACGUAGAGUAAAAGAGGCAAGAGAAGCUUUGCAAAUUGCUGAAGCAAAUUUAAAGGAUAAGCAGGCUAGUUUGACAAAAAUCAAAUCUCAUCUUGAUAAAUUGAGAAAACGUUUUGAAGAAAAUGUGCAAGAACAAGAACGAUUGAAAGAACGUAAAAUUGUUACUGCACAAAGAUUGAGACGGGCUUCUGUUUUAAUCAACGCGCUUGCUGAUGAGGAGGUUCGUUGGCAUAAUUCUGUUGAAGAUCUAGAAGAGAGAUUGAAAGGAUUGGUUGGUGAUACCAUAGUUUCUGCUGCAGCUAUUGGAUAUCUUGGUGCCUUCACAUCAUCGUACAGACGACAUCUUAUAUCAAAAUGGCUUGAUGCUUGCACCAAAUCAAAAAUCGUUAUUUCUAAAGAUUUUAAUCUCAUUGAUGCCAUGGCACAUAAGAACAAGAUACGUCAAUGGCAUAGUGAAGGUCUUCCAAGAGAUUUUCAUUCAAUUGAAAAUGCAAUUAUUAUCAAGAAAGCACAUCGAUGGCCAUUGAUAAUUGAUCCACAAGGACAGGCAAUACAAUGGAUCAAGAAAAUGGAAGGGGAAAGAUUACGUGUUGUAUAUGCUGGUGAUACUAAUUACACAAAGAUAAUUGAAAAUGCGAUUCGAGUUGGGGAACCAGUAUUACUUCAUGAUGUUGAUGAAAAUAUUGAUCCCGGUUUAAAACCAGUACUGCAAUGUGAACUCAUUCAUAGAGCUGGACAAGAUUACAUCAUGCUUGGUGAUUCAGAAAUUAGUUACAACCACAACUUUCGAUUAUACAUGACAACAGGAAAACCAAACCCACAUUUUCUACCUGCUGUUUGUAUCAUGGUCACAAUAAUCAAUUUCACUGUUACAUUUGAAGGAUUGCAGGAUCAACUUUUAUCAAGUGUAGUUAUGCAAGAACGUCCUCAUCUUGAAACACUGAGAGAUAAUUUAUUAGAAAGUAUUGCAAAAGAUCUUGGAAUGUUGAGAGAGCUUGAAGACAAAGCUUUGAAUCUAUUGCAGAAACAACAAGGCCACAUUCUAGAUGAUGAAGACUUGAUGUCAACAUUAAAGCAAAGUAAAAUAACAUCUGGAGAAGUUUCUCAACGUCUCAAACAAGCUGAAGAAAAUGAACGAAGAAUAAGUCAUGCAAGAAGUCGUUAUCUUCCUGUUGCUACUCGUGGUGCUGUGCUCCAAUUUGUAUUGGCUGAUCUAGAAAUUUUAAAUCCAAUGUAUCAAUUCUCUCUCAGUUGGUUUAUUAAGAUGUUUGAACAAUGCAUUGCUCAUGCUCAUGACACGACUAAUUCAUCUCAACCUUCGUCUCGUCGAAGUUCCAGACCUUUGAGUGGAACAUUGAGACCUCAACAAGUACGAGAUAGUCCUGAUUUACUGAAGAAUCAAAACAUUGUUGAAGAGAAUGAUGAUCAAUUACCAGAAACCUUACAAGUGAUGAUUGAUAUUCUCACUGAAGGUGUCUAUAGAGUUGUAUCAUACAGUUUAUUCAACAUUCAUCAAUUAUCAUUUUCCUUCCUCAUAUGUGCUGCGAUCAUGAGAAAUAAUGCGAUACAUAAAGAUGUUUGGAGAAACUUGGGACAACUAGAUGAUGUAACAUGGCAAGCUUUUCUGCAUACUCCCGCACUUGCCAGUAUGAUCAGCGAUGAUGUGAUGGAAAAAUAUGAUGGCUUGACUUCGAUGCAAAGACUUGAGAUGAAAGCAGGUAUAUCAUCUCCUUCUGUUGCUACAAGUCAUCCACCUUCAUCUAAUCAUUCUGGAAGCAGAAGAUCGAGUAAAGAUGAAGCCGUUGUUGCUGAGGAGGUAGCAGACCAGGAAGAUGAGGAAGUUGCAAACAUGUUGAAAGCAGCUUUAACAAAUGUUGCUCGUGGUGUUCCUCCUGUUGAUUGGAUAUCAUCUGCAAUCUGGCAACAAUGCAAAUAUCUUGCUUGGAAAAUUGAAGAAUUUCAAACUUUAUGUCUUAGUAUAGUAAAUCGUCCUGAUCAAUGGAAUGCUUUCCAGAAAUCUUCUGAUGUUCUAAUGCUAAUGUCAGUUCCAUUUGUUCCUGCUGCAAGUGGAAGAUCAUCAGUCUCUGGAUCAACUUCCACAUCUCGACCACAAUCUGCAAAAGUUGAACAAUAUAUUUUUCCAUGGGAGAGAAUUACGACAUUUCAAAGAUUGAUGCUUGUGAAAGUCUUGCGACCAGAUAUGUUGAUGUCCAGUAUGAGACAAUUUGUUAUUGAGAGUGUUGGUAGUAAAUUCGUGAUGGGUGGAAAGAUUGAUCUAACUGAAAUAUACAAAGAAACAAAUUCAAGAUCUCCAAUAAUCUUCAUACUUUCUCCCGGAACUGAUCCAUCUGGUCAAUUGUUACGUUUUGCUAAAGAAAUGCGAGGUUCAACUCUGCAUGUUGAUAUGGUUUCAUUAGGCCGAGGACAAGGCCCUAAAGCAGAGGAAUUAAUCCAUAAAGCUCAGAUAUUAAAGGGAAGAUGGGUGUUCCUACAAAAUUGUCAUUUGGCUGCUUCUUUCAUGCCUCGUUUACAGGCGAUUGUUGAUGAUUUAAGUCGACCUAAUUCAGAAGUGGAUUCACAAUUUCGUUUAUGGCUGAGUUCAAAACCUGACGCUUCAUUUCCUGUACCUAUAUUGCAGAAAGGAUUGAAGAUUACUGUUGAACCACCUCAAGGCUUGAGAGCUAAUUUAAUGGCGUCGUUUAGUGCGGCAGGUACUGGGGAAGUCACUAAAGAUCUUUUUGAUACUGGUGGUACACGUCUUGUUCGGCCUGGCGUCAGUGUUACUGAAGAGAAACUUGAGUGGAAAAAUAGGUCUUGGAAAAAACUCGUUUUUGCUCUUUGUUUCUUCAAUGCUGUCGCUCAUGAGAGAAAAAAAUAUGAUGCACUGGGAUUCAAUCUUCCCUAUGAAUUCACAUCUUCGGACUUAGAGGUAUCUUUAUUAAUGCUUCAACAACUGAUGAUUGACUCUGAUGACAUACCAUGGCCUGCGCUGAGAUAUUUAACGGGUGAAGUUGUUUAUGGUGGACGAGUUACUGAUCAUUGGGACAGAAGAUGUCUUGAUUCAACUUUAAGAAAAUUUUAUUGUGAAAAUUUGAAAGACAGUAAUUAUACAUAUUCAGAAGAUGGUGUUUAUAAACCUGUUGAUGGUGACAUCACUUUUGCUGAGGUUCAAGAGUAUUUAGAACAACUACCAUUAGUAGACUCACCAGAUGUAUUUGGUAUGCAUGAUAAUGCUGAACGUGCCCAUCUUGAAUCUGAAGCUAAAAGAAUUAUUGAAGUUAUCAUAGAUGUUCAACCUAGACUUGCAACUGCAAAGUUAAUUGGAUCUGGUCGUACAAAUGAUGAAAUAGUCAUGGAUUUAGCAAAUGACAUUCAAAAACAGCUACCGAUUACGGUUGAGAUCGACGAUGCAGUUUUAGAUGAUUUAGAUAUUUUAGGAGGAAAACAAGAUGACGAAAUGAAAAUGACAUUGGAAAAAAUUAUGAGCGGACAUAUAUGGAAAUCUUUGAUUACAAAAACAAACCAAGAAAUGAAAGAAGGAGAAUCCUAUCAUCCUCUUGUUCAUUCUGCAUUAUUGACUGUUCUUCGCCAAGAAAUUGAUAGAUUCGAUCGUUUAUUGAGAGUUAUUCAUUUCAAUAUACGAUCAUUGAUGAGAGCAAUAAAAGGAGAAAUUGUAAUGUCAGAAGCAUUAGAGAAAACUCAUGCUUCUCUAUUAAUGCACAAGGUUCCAACUCAAUGGCAAGAAGCUGCAUACGAAUCUUGUAAAAUGUUGGGAUCAUGGGUUGCUGAUUUAACACAUCGAAUCGAUUUUUUUGCAACUUGGUCAGAACUUGUUAUACAUGCAAUAGAGACCAAGGUUGGAAUUGCAUUAGCAAGUGGAGGUCCGACUCCUUCAUCUCAGCGAUCAAAAUCACAAACUCCUGCUGAACAUCGACCCUCCAUUUCUAACUCAUCUACGGAAGAUGAAAUUCUGUAUCAACCAAAGAGUUUCUGGUUAUCUGCUUUCUUUUUCCCGCAAGGUUUUUUGACUGGAGUUCUGCAAAAUUAUGCAAGAAAGUAUCUAAUAUCAGUUGAUUCUUUGGCAUUUCAAUUUCAUGUGUUUGAUGUUGGACAAGAUGAUGACAUAAUUGAUGCAAAGAAAAAGCUACAAGUUUUAGAUCUUGCUUUUGGUAUCAGUCAAACAAACGCAGUUGAAGAUGGUGUGAAAGUGUUUGGUUUAUAUUUGGAUGGUGCAAGAUGGGAUCCUGAGAUUAAAUUACUUGUCGAUUCCCUACCUGGAAUUCGCCACUUCAGGAUGCCAGAAAUACAUUUUCUUCCUGUACCAUCUGUUCAAAAUGACGAAGUAUCUGGGAAACCAACAUCUCAUGAUGACAGACCAACAACCGGUGGAAGCAAAAGUUCAACAUCAGAGAAAAAAGAAGACUUGUUGGACCAAUCUUUUGGCCAUAUGUAUGAAUGUCCUUUGUAUCGAACAUCUACUCGUGCUGGUACUCUGUCAUCAACCGGUCAUUCAACCAACUUUGUCAGUGCUGUUUCGCUGCCAUCUCAUUUGGAACCAGAUCACUGGAUUCUCAGAGGAGCAGCAUUGCUUUGUCAACUCGACGAAUAGUAACUUCGUUUGUUGUUCACGGUUUUUGUGUUGUAUAUAUUCUUCGUAUUUUUCUACAUUGAAAUUUCUACACAUAAAGAAAGCUUCCAUUAUUACAGGGUAAUAUGGCGAACAAUUUACCCUCCAGAGCAAAUACUCGAUUUUGCUUUCGUUAUAAAUAUGUAUGAAUUUGGCUUGCACGUAAUCUACAAAAAUCAAUUCCGUAAUUACGACAAAAUAGCUUUCGUAUUGACACCUAAUCGCGAUAGUUUCACUUACAUUACACUUCAACAAUCUCUUCCUCAUAAAAUAAGGAAUGAGACCAAGCGUGUCGCAAGCAUCAUGCCAGAUUUAAAUUAUGACUGAUGAGGAUAUAUUGGGCGAACCAAAUGAAACAAUCUGCCAAAAAAUGGGCAACGACAAACGAAGCGAGCAUAACUUUAGUCUUCAAUAUUGACAAGUACGCAUUGGGUAUGAAAUUUCGACAUUACGACUUUUGAAUUACAUUUUUAACAUCAUAAAGUAGGAACAAACAACUUCAGGCAAGUGAUAAGCGGGGUUUGACAAGUAAUUAUUUCGAGCCACUGUUUUAAACCAGGGCGCUGCCAGGAUUUUCAAAAGGUCGACGUUCGAAUGAGAAAUCUGAAAUUCCAUGAAACAGUCUCGGUUAUGCUACUCUCUCGAUUAUGCUACUCGUAAAAAUAGCCAACUUUUUUAG